UACUCAGACAUAUCCUGCGACAGCAUACAGUGCCUUAGGAUCAUACUAGAUAGAUUUGGGUCUGCUACCUGGAAUUCUUAGAGCCUAUAGCAACGUUUGUUUUGAGCACUAUAGAAAGAUCAGUGCAGGAUUUGGCCACGCUUCCUGCAUAAGAGUUUGCUCGUCAUUGUUUUGCACAGAAUAUCAAACGGAACAGGUUCCGGUGUAGCCAUAUCGCGCGGCUUUUAAAACCGUUCACCCGGCAUGAGGUACUCUGUAGAGAAUUGCUUUGCACGGUCUACAGACAACACUUUCAUCUAAUUUGAUCAGCGCUAGCUGGGUCCAGGGGCGCUGAAACCAAGGCAGCAGUUCCGACCUGCCAGCUUCCGCCAUGGCUGACGUUUCCGUAGAUGACGCUGGCGUACCGGCGCAGACCGAUGGCGAUGCGGUGGUCCAAAUGUACCGCGAGGCAUCGCAAUUAAGGCGCCGAUCUUCAGGCGUGCUGGACUCCAAUCCACCACCUGUCCAGCGUCUUCCUUCUCAGACUGGGAGGGCCCUGACACCCUCCAAGCCUACGACGCCCUCCAGCUUCGCUGCUGUAGCUGUUCCAACCGCCACCGAAAGCCGUGGCAACGCCGGUAGCUUCACUAAGCCGCCCACACCCCCUAUUGCUGGGGUCACCAAGCCUCCCACACCCCCUAUCACUGCCCCGCAGCCAGCAGCACAGGAGCCGCCCGCAGACCAGGGCACCAUUCCCCGCCUGCCCAGCCUCAACGGGGGCCGCACCACACCACCCACCGCUUCCACGCCGCAGCUCAUCACCUCCACCUCCGCAGCAGCAGCCAGCGGCAGCAGCCGCGGCUCUGGACGCAAAACAGGUGGCAGCCACAUCCCUCGAGCGCAGGGCGCCUCGCCUUACGCCCAAGAUCAAAACAGAAGCAAAAAGGGUACCAGCGAUGGCGGCGGUGGUGGUGGUGGUGGCGACGGUGCUGGCAACAGGAGCGAUCUGGGUUCAGGUCCUCGCAGCCCCGGCUGGGAUUCAAGCCCUGGCCCCGACGGCCGCGGAUCAAGCCCAGGUCGCGGGUCGAGUCCGGGUCGUGACGUCCGUGAGGCGGGGUGGAACAGCUACGGCGCCAAGGCGGGCGGGCCGUCGGUGCGGCGGGAAGUCAAGCUGUCGAACCCCACAGACGAGGAGCGGCGGCGGCGGCUGGAGUGGAUGCGGGAGAAGCGGCGGAGGGAGGAGGCCAAGGCGCGGGAGGAGGCGGAGAAGCGCAAUGCUGAGGAGUCGAAGCGGCGCGAGGAGGAGCAGGCGCGUCUGGAGGCACGGCGCGCAGCUAUUCGGGAGCGCAUCGCCAAGCAGCACGAGCAUGCUGCGCGGUUGGCUGAGGAGCGGGCGCGCGCGGAGGAGGCGGCGCGGGGGGCCAUCGGGCGCUUCCUGGCAGCCAAGCCGCUGCACCAAAGGCUGCAGGAGGAGUACGAGAAGCAGCAGGCGGAGUUGGAGGCGGAGAAGAAGCGGCAGUACGACGAGGAGGCGCGCAACCGCCACGUGCGGCCGCACCAGAUCAUCACUGGGCAGGUGCAGAUCAAGCCGGCAUCCAAGGCCGACAACCCGGUCAGCCCCAGCCAGGACCGUGCCUCCUCAGGUCGCAAGGGCUCCGGCGGCGGCGCCCCUGGCGGCAAGACCUCCCCACGCCGACGCAGCGACAACGGGGGCGGCUACGGCGCCAUCUCCUCACCCACCGGAGCCGCCGCCGCCGCCGGCAGCCCCAACGCCGCCGACCGCCGCAGAUUCCUAAUCGCGCCACCGUCACUGCCUCCGCCGCCGCCGCCGCCAGCGGAUGCCCUGCCGGCGGCCACCAAGCCGCGGCUGCAGGGGCCCGCCCUCACGGCCACCAACGCCGCCAGGGGCAGGCAGCAGUCCAGCGGGCCCGCGGCGCUGGUACGGCAUGGCCGGUUAGUUGACCGCGCCGUGUCACCCUUCAUCUUCAAUGACGACGGCAUCCCCAUCAACGUCCCGGCUCCGACACGUACCGUACCUGGGGGUGGGCAGGUGUUUGAAGUGGGUGCGGCGCCGGCGGCGGUGGGAGCAGCAGCGGCAGCCGCAGGGGCGGGUGCGGCGGCGCUUGCGGCAGGCAUGGAGACUAUACCGGAGCAGGAGGCGGGUGAGGGCGGGUACGGCGGUGGCGGGGGAGAGGGGUACGGCGAUGACGAUGCGCCAAUGAUGGAGUCCCCCGUGGCUCGCGCCGCCAAGGCUGCGGCGCUGUACGAACCGCCACCCAUGUCUCCGCCUCCGCCACCACCGCCUCCUCCUGAGUUCGAUCAGGUGGAGGAGGAGCAGGAGGAGGAGGAGGAGGAACAGCAAUGGAGGGAGCCGGAGGAGCAGCAGCAGCCUGAGGAGGAGGUAGCAGCUGAGUUGGCGCCACAAGCGGCUGAUGCGGAUGACUCGACCCCUGCCGCCGCCACCGCUGCAGUGACGGAGGUGGCCCCUGAGCAGCCGGAGCAGCAGCCACAGCCGGAGCAGCAGCCUGAGGGGCUUGCAGAUGAGGCCGAUGCGUUGGCGGACUCUGUUGCGGCCGCAGCCGAGGGCGGUGAGGAGGAGCGGGCAGGUCCCCUCGGCGCUGAGGAAGGGGCUUCGGAGCCGGCUGAAGCAGCCCAGGCGAGAGAGCCUACGGAUCCUGCGGCAGCAACCGAGGCUGUGGCUCCGGCUGAGGCUGGGGAUCAGGAGGGAGACGAGUCGAAGGCUGCUGAGGGCGUGGAGCCGCAGGAGGAGGAGGAGGUAUCGAGGGAGGCUGCUGAUGCCCCGCAGCCGGCAGAGGAGGGUGCAGCGCGGGAGCCAUGGGGCGCGUUAGCUGAUGAUGAGGCAGCGGAGGUUGUCCCGCCUGCGGAGGCAGCUGAGGCCGCGGCGGUUCCUGAGCAGGCGGUAGAUGCGCCGGAGGACGCGACAGUCUCAAGUAGACCUGAUGAGGUAGCUCCUGCGGAGGAGGCGGCCCCUGCGGCUGAGCCCUUGCCAGGGUCUGAGGAGCUGCCCGCGGAUCCAUCCACACAGCCAGAGGAAGAGGGGCUGGCUGAGGCAGAGGGUUCGCCGGGGCCGCAGGAGGCGCCUGAGGCUGAGGCAGCUCCGAAGCCGGCGGAGGAGGCGGCCGCGGCGCAGGAUAAUGCGCAGGCUGGGGAGGCGGCUGCGGCGCCGGCGGAGCCCGAGGACGCCCCCGGCGCCACGGCAGCAGCCGCAGCGCCGCUGACGACACAGGACGGCGACACGGAAGGCAGUACGGAGGCUGCCGCCGCCGCGACCGAAGCAGCAGUCGCACCGGAUGAUGCUGAGGUGCGGGAGGAGGCUGCACUUCCGGAGGGCGGGGCCGCCAGUGCGGCUGCUGAUGGGGAGCAGCGACUGGAGGCAGCAGCUGGG